CCGUUUGCUCAUUCAUCUACUCAGUAACAUCUCAAAUACUAUUGCUUUCUAGCCUCCUAAUACCAAAUUAGAUGGCUUGCUCUUCAAGUUUCAUGGUGAUUUUAGGGUUUGUCUUAACCCUAGCAAAUGUUGCUCACUUAGCUGAUGCUAGGGCUUUCUUUGUUUUUGGUGACUCUUUGGUUGAUAAUGGCAACAACAACUACCUUGCCACCACUGCCCGUGCCGACGCUCCGCCUUAUGGGAUCGAUUAUCCGACUCAUCGACCCACCGGCCGUUUCUCUAACGGCCUCAACAUUCCUGACCUUAUUAGUGAGGCAAUUGGCUCAGAACCCACAUUGCCAUAUUUGAGUCCACGUCUCACUGGACAAGCACUACUCGUCGGUGCCAAUUUUGCUUCUGCCGGAAUUGGAAUACUAAAUGAUACUGGAAUUCAAUUUAUAAACAUUAUCAGAAUUUACAAACAAUUGCAAUAUUUCCAACAAUACCAGCAAAGGGUUAGUGCUCUAAUUGGAGCUGAGCAAACUCAGAGACUAGUGAAUCAAGCACUUGUCCUCAUGACUCUUGGGGGUAAUGACUUUGUCAACAACUACUAUUUGGUGCCUUUCUCCGCUAGAUCUCGUCAAUUCUCGUUGCCGGAUUACGUCGUGUAUCUCAUUUCCGAGUACCGGAAAAUUCUCCUCAGGACGUACGAGUUAGGUGCACGUAGAGUUUUGGUGACCGGAACCGGACCACUGGGGUGUGUUCCAGCAGAGCUAGCUAUGAGGAGCAGAAAUGGAGAAUGUUCAGUUGAAUUGCAAAGAGCAGCUGGUUUGUUCAACCCACAACUUGUACAAAUGAUAAAUGAAGUCAAUGCUCAGAUUGGAUCAGAUGUUUUUGUAGCUGCAAAUGCCUACCAAAUGAACAUGGAUUUUGUCAGUAAUCCACAAGCUUACGGAUUUGUAACAUCAAAGAUUGCAUGCUGUGGGCAAGGACCAUACAAUGGAAUAGGAUUGUGCACUCCAGCCUCCAACUUAUGCCCUAACAGAGAAAUAUAUGCAUUUUGGGAUCCAUUUCAUCCAUCAGAGAGAGCCAACAGGAUCAUUGUUCAACAAAUUUUGACCGGCUCCAACAAAUAUAUGAACCCAAUGAACCUCAGCACCAUCAUCAAAUUGGACUCUAGGACCUAAAAAUUUUCUAUUCAAGUCAUGCAUCCACAAAUCUUAAUUACUUCAUUGUUUUCAUGUUGUUCCUUAUUAGGUAUUUGAUGGGUUUGUCUUUUAUUUUAUUAUUAUUAUUGGUAUUGAUCAAGUGUCAAUUAAAUUUUAGUGGGUGAUUAUAUAUUUAUGUGUAUCAAAUUCAUAAGAUCCAUAUCUAUUUCUCAAUAAUUCAUGCUUCAA